AUGGCCGACACCAACUCUUCCAAGUCUGGCCACAGCUUGACCGCCCGUGAGUUAGAAGUUGUCUGUGCAGCCUUGAAGAAUAUCAAGGGUGGCGGUGAAAUUCAAUUUGACUACACGGGCAUGGCCUCAACGUUGGGUCUCAAAAAUGAAGCAUCUGCAUGUUCCAUGUGGGCCAAGGUCAAGAAGAAGCUCUUCACAGAAGGUGAAAAUGUUGGAUCCGUUCCCAAGUCCACAAAGAAGAAUACCAAAACUGCAGUCUCGGCCAACGAGGGUGCUGCCAAUGGCGUUGAGACUCCCAACGCCGGCGCUGGCGAUGCCUCUGAUGAAGUCGCUACACCCGUCACUCCCGCCGCCGGAACCCCUAAGAAGCGAGGUCGCAAGUCCAAUGCUGAGAAUGCAGCAGCAGCUAUGGUUGCGAUUGGAGCUAAGAGUGCGGGUGCGGGUGCAACGGCAAAUGAUCAAGAUGCCUCUCCCACAAAGAAAGCUCGCAAGACUCCUGCCAAAAAGUCGGCUGUCGCACCUGCUCCUGAUGCUCCCGCUGAUAUGAACGCUGAUGCGGGCACGAUCGAAGCCACCAUCACUGAGUCGAAUGGCACAGACCUCGAGGCUUAG